AUGGAAAUCAAACUGGUUAUAAGCAUUCUUAUUCUAGUUUCAAGAGUGAAUUCGCUCAUGGAAAAAGACCUGCAUGACAAGUUGUUCAAAACUUACAAUAAAAAUGUUAUACCGGCUGAAAACAGCUCCGUGCCUGUUAAUGUUCAACUUGGAAUGACCGUUCGGUUCAUUGACGACCUUAAUGAAAAAAUGCAGACAAUUUCCAUUUCACAUUAUCUGACUUUGACGUGGAAAGAUGCUUUCCUUAAAUGGGACCCUGAAAAGUUUGACAACGCGACCAGUAUCAAUGUCGAGGCAGUGGCCAUUUGGAGGCCGGACAUUGUGUUGGAUUUGUCGCUCGGGGAAUCCAAUGACUUAAUAGGAAAGGAAGGUAAUGUAAUAAUAUAUCACACUGGGAAAGUAACGAUGUGGCCACACGGAAUAAUGAAGGUUCCUUGUAAAAUGGACCUAACUAGAUUUCCAUUUGACGAGCAGUCUUGUUCGCUGGAGUUCUACUCCUGGUCGUAUUGGAUGGAUAAACUAAACCUUACAUCGAUGUUUCCCGAGCCACACAUAGAAAAAAACAUACUCAGUGCCGACUGGGAACUCGUAAAUGGAACGGUCGAGCAAAUAAAUGGGGUUUUUGAGGAGGAUGUUUGGUGUAAAGUGCGGAUUAACCUCCACUUACGCAGAAAGUGGUUGUUUGCCUUUCUCAACACAGUCGUGCCAAUCUUGUGCAUAGCUAUGCUAAACAUGUUAUGUUUUGUCCUUCCUUGCGAGUCCGGAGAACGCUUGACGAUGACUAUGUCCCUGUUUCUCUCACUGGCCGUUUACAUGACCAUAUUUUCCAGCACCAUGCCUGAGACAUCGGACCAAGCGCCCGUCUUGGGAAUGUACGUCGCCAUGCAACUUCUUGGCAGCGCCAUUACAAUCGCAGAAACUGUCUUCUCGCUGUACUUUUAUUUCAAAAGUGGAAAAGUUUACGUAAACCAAGCUCUGAUUGGUUUCGUAAGAUGUCAGGGUGUUGUAAAAAUCACGAGCGGUGAAUCGGAUGAAAGUACCACUAGUAUUGUAAGCAGAAAUACAGAAACUACACAAACACGGCACGGCGAUGGGUUUCCAGUGUACCAAACAGUCAGUGGAACAGACAUUUCUCAUGCCAUUGACAGAUUCUUUGUAAUCGUGUUCGCAUUGUGGAAUGUUUCUCUAAUGGCAGUGUUGUUUGCACAUUUCUUCAAGUAG